CGCUAGCUUAACUAUACAUAUGGCUGGUUGUUGGAUGGAGAUGAAGGGGGAGAAGAUGAAGAUGAUGAAAGAUGAUGGAGGGGUGCAGCUUCCACCAGGGUUUCUGUUUGAGCCGACAGAUGAAGAACUCAUCCUCCAUUUCCUCUACCCCAAGGUAGGGGCGGCCGGCCGCCCUAAUGCCUAUCCUAACAUCAUCCCUGACCUCCUCCAUCACCUCUUUCCCUGCGAUCCAUGGCAGCUCCACGGUAGAGCUUUCUUGACAGGCCACAACCGGUGGUACUAUUUCUAUGGCCGGAAAAUGGAAGCGGCGCCGGCAGAGCCGACGGAAACCGGGUACUGGAAAGAAGUGGAUUCUGAGGAGGCAGUAGUUGUGGCCAACAGUGGGAAUAAGGCAGUAAUUGGGUUGAAGAGAAACUUUGAGUUCUACGUUAAUGAUGGAGAAUUAGCUGCAGGAAGAGGAGGAGGAGGAGGAGGAGGACUCAAGACUGAUUGGUUGAUGCAGGAAUAUAGCUUAUUAUGCUGCACCACCACCACCGCCGCCGCCGCCACAAUAAGAAGGGCAAAUCAUCAACAUCAUCAUCAACUGGGCACGAACAGUAAGUUGGUUCUGUAUCGAGCUCAAGAAAGAAGAGGAGGGAUCAGCCAAGACAGCGACGAUGAGCUGUCUUCUCUGGACGAAGAUUUCUUCUCAUCUCUUGACGAUAAUAUUGGGGAUGAUGAAAUCAUCAGUUACCCAAAUUAAUUAAUUAACUAGACGAAGACGCAUGAUGAUGAUUAAUUAUUAUAUGUAAUAGCUAGCACCUAGACAGUCAACUGUAAUAAGACUUGUGUUAUAUAUAGCAUGCAAUUAAUUAAUAAUUAGAUUAAUUUUCUAUGUUGAAUCAGCAUA